AUGUCUGGCCUAUUGCGAGAUGCCCCUGUGGGCCAAAUCAUUCGAUUCGUCACCCGUAACAAAUACCUACAGUACCCAGAGGAAAAAGCCGACUUUCAAUGUCCCAGUUCAUAUCAAGGCUCAAAAUCGAUAGGGUCCGGUGCUUCAAGUGUGGCUUCUCCAGAGGCUUUGGAACAGAAACUGGAAGAACCUCCGAGUGAUCCCAAUGCUCUCACAACAGCCCAGACAGCUGUGGAUCGAGAAUCCGUUGCGCUCUCCGAUCGAACGCUCUCGAAAAUCAUGACAAGACCUGAAAUGAGUCAGGUCAAUACCCGCGCAGAUCUCGAGCAAGCAUACACCAAUGCCACUCGGCAAGAGUCCCUAAAGAACCAGGCCAGUCGGCCAAUCGCUCCGGAAAUCACCUCUGACGGUACCAUUCUGGUUGAUUGGUACACUACCGACGAUCCAGAGAACCCGCAGAAUUGGACCAUGCGGAAGAAAGGCUUGGUGGUGUUACAGAUCUAUCUCUACACGCUUGCUGUGUACAUGGGAUCUGCAAUCUACACUCCUUCCAUCCCGUACGUUGUUGAACAGAUGGGUGUCUCCGAGAACGUGGCUGCCCUGGGCUUGUCAAUGUACGUUUUGGGCUACGGUCUUGGACCCCUGAUCUUCGCACCGCUCUCUGAAAUCCCCGUUAUUGGGCGAAAUCCGCCUUAUAUGGUCACCUUGGGCAUCUUCGUCAUUAUAUCCAUCCCAACAGCCGUGGUGAACAAUUUCCCGGCUUUGAUAGUCCUCCGUUUCUUGCAGGGGUUCUUCGGUAGCCCGUGCCUCGCAACCGGUGGUGCGUCCAUUGGAGAUCUGUACUCCCUCAUAAAGCUCCCAUACUUCCUCACCGGGUGGGCUGCAUUUGCUACUGCAGGUCCUGCCUUGGGUCCCAUCAUCUCAGGCUUUUCCGUGCCCGCGGAGAACUGGCACUGGUCGCUUUGGGAGAUUGUUUGGCUCUCUGCCCCAGUCUAUAUCUCCCUCUUGUUUCUCCUGCCUGAAACCUCCGCCUCCAACAUUCUUCUGCGCCGUGCGGCCCGUCUACGAAAGCUCACCGGCAUGGCAAACCUCAAGUCUCAAUCCGAGAUUGACCAGGAGAAGUUGACUGUCAAUGAGGUCGUCAUCGGCAAUCUCUGGCGUCCCAUUCAAAUCAUGUUUCUCGACCCGGCCAUUCUCUUCACCAGCGUGUACACUGCAUUGAUGUACGCCAUCUUCUACUCGUUCUUCGAGGUCUUCCCCUUGGUCUACGCAUAUGGAAAUGGCCCUCGCUCGGCCACUCAUGGAUACGGCAUGAACGCAGGAGAAAUCGGUCUAAUCUUCCUUUCAAUCUCCGUGGGCGUCAGCAUCGCCAUCGUUCUCUACGUCUACUACUUGCGCUACGUCUUCGAGCCGGAAAUCAAGACCAAGGGACUCGGCGAGCCAGAGCGACGUCUCAUCCCGGCUCUUCCCGCCACGUUCCUGCUGCCCAUCGGACUGUUUCUGUUCGCGUGGACUGGCAACUCGUCUCCCAAGAUCCACUGGAUCGUACCAACCCUCGGUGUUGUCAUCUUCACCAUCGGCAUCUUCAUCCUCUUCCAGUGUCUUUUCAUCUACAUCCCACUCACCUACCCACAAUACGCCGCCUCCCUGUUCGCCGGCAACGACUUUGCCAGAUCCUCUGUUGCCGCGGGCGCCAUCCACUUCUCCCGCCCCUUGUUCCACAAUCUUGGUGUUGGGGAAGGUGUGUCACUCCUCGCCGGUCUGACCGUCGGUGGCAUCAUCGGCAUCUGGGCCUUGUGGAAGUUUGGCGCAACGCUCCGUGCCAGGAGCAGAUUUGCCGCUCAUUAA